AUGUCAACUGAUCAUCGCAUUUUUGCAAGAUAUAAAAACACACGCAUCGAGAAAAUUGCACUUCCUCUUUCGAAUCCACUUCGUUUUAAACGCACGUCGGCAAUCAUGGUGAAAGGUUCUUUCAAGCGUUUUGUCGAAGUUGGUCGAGUGGUUUUCAUUAACUAUGGUGAAGAUGCUGGCAAGCUCGCUGUCAUCGUUGAUAUAAUCGAUCAUAAUAGGGCCCUAAUUGAUGGUCCAACCACCGGUGUUACCCGUCAUUCUCAUGCAUUCCGUCGUCUAACCUUGACUGAUCUUGUAAUUAAGGACUUUCCCAGAGGUGGUCGUUCGUCUAUAGUAAAGAAAUAUCUCGAAAAAGAAAAUAUUUUAGAGAAGUGGAAUAAGACAUCUUGGGCAAAGAAAUUGGAGAGUCGUAAAAAGAAAGCCGCCUUGACAGACUUUGAUAGAUUUAAAACACUAAAGUUAAGGAAACAGCGUCGUCGCGUUAUUCAAGUAAAUAUUGCUUCCAUUAAAAAUAAAGCGAAGUCCUAA